AUGGCGCAAAUUCAAGAGUGGCUGAAUAGCAACAACAUUGCUUAUGAAGAAGACAUGACAAAGUCAGAAUUACUUAACAUCGUCAAGUGCCAACGCCCGUCUCCGAAAUAUCGUGUGGACGACAUCCUUCAAAGACAUGGUCACGAAGUAGUCAGGUUGCCACCGUAUCAUCGUAAUUUAAAUGCAAUUGAAUAUAUCUGGAACAUUGUGAAAUCUCGUGUGUCGGACAAAAAUGUUUCACAAAAAGCCGACCAUAUACAAAUGUUGACAGAAGAAGCCAUUAACAGCAUUUGUGAAAACGACUGGACGGCAGCUGUGUCACAUGUUAAACGAGAAGAAGAGGAGUACUGGAAAAACGACCACUGCAUUGAAGAGGAAAUGGAAAAAUUUAUAAUACGUAUAAACGGUGACAGUGAAAGUGAAAGCGAUGUUUGUGAAGAUACUGACAGUUCCAGUGAUGACAGUGGUGGAAGAUCCUCGGAUGGUGCACUUUCAGGCUUCGAGUGUCUGAACUAG